AGGCUUUGGCGCUCGCUGGCCAGAAGGGGCCCACGGCGGCCACCCCCGGCAGCGAGGCCACCACGGCGACGCCGCAGACGUGUCUGGGCAGCCGGCUGUCUACCCCGGCCCCGCUGCCGGACCCGACGACUGCAGGGCAGCCGGCGACCCCAGAGGCUUGGCCGCCGGUUGAUCGCCUCCAGGAAACCCGGCGGGUCGACUGCGGGGUGCAGUCCUCUCCGCGGGACAGUGGGCAGCAGGACCCAAAGGAGGCCGGCGCCGCCGCCGCGCGGGCCGCGGGCACCGCGGCCGCCGAGGCGGCAGACUGCCACGACGCGGUGCUCGUUGCCUCGGCGCGCGGCGCCGACGACAGCAGGUUGCCUGGAUGGACCCCGGGAAGGGUCAGGGCGUUGAAUUUGAGCGGAUUUGGAUCAGGGUGUCACGGCGAG